AUGGAAGAGAGUGUACCGACGUGUUUUAACUGCCAGAACAAGCUAGUUUUGGAUGAAACCAUUUGUAGUAAUUCACGGAAUCAACAUCAACCGUUUCCUGCUGAUGGUGAUCAAAUGCUUUGUUUUCACGACGGUCCUUCUGCCAAAGCUGGAAAUCUCUUUGAAAUUAUUUGCAAUUCAAAUUCAGCUUUAAAAGGACCAAUGUGUGAAGAUUGUACAGACCAGUUACUCUCGGGAAUGGACCAGUAUCUGAGGGAGCUGGAUGAAGAAUGUGCACAGUAUCGCAAAUUGCUGGAGUCUUUAAAAGAUGGAAGCAAUAUUCAUCUACUGGACAGAAAUAUCGUAACUUCCAAGCUUUCUGAAUUGAAAAAAGAAGAAGCUUCGUUGCUAUCUGAGUCCAAAAAACUGGCAGCAGAAGAGGCGAAAUUAGAUGCAGAAUUGAAAAAAAAGAAGAGUAAACUUCACGCCGAAAGUGAUUCAUCAAAUCUGUUAUGGAGAAAAUUUCGCGAUAACCACGGUGAAUUGAUGAAGAUGGAAGCUAAAGAACAAGAUUUGGAAGCCGAGGCACUAUAUUUAAGAAGUCUACGUGAGAGACUGUCAAAAAUAAACGUGCUGAAUACAGCAUUCCACAUCUGGAAGCAAGGAAGUUUCGGGACAAUUAAUGGUUUUCGGCUUGGUCAACUGCCGCAUUCUCAGGUAGAAUGGAGCGAAAUCAACGCUGCAUGGGGACAACUAUCUUUGUUGCUUAAUACUUUAGCGGCCUGUCUUGGAAUUAAGUUCACACGAUAUCGUAUUGUACCUGUGGGUAGUCAUUCGUUUGUUCAGUGCUUAAACACAAGAGCCGAAUAUCCGCUUUUUGGUAGUGGAGGUUUCAAACCGUUUGGACAGAAAAAGUUUGAUGAAGGUAUUUGUGCUUUCAUGGACUGCUUCUGUCAAUUGCAAAAAUAUGUAGAACGUACUGAGUUUCGAUUCCCACAUCGGAUGUACAGAGAACACAUUGAGGAUAAUAAAAUGGAAUAUUCGGUGAAGAUGCAGUUCAAUGCAGAAGAAAGAUGGACCAAAGCAAUGAAAUGCCUCCUCAUCAAUUUUCGUUGGGCAAUUUCUUACGUAGUACAUGCCAAAAUCUUGCAUUCUGAUACGACCUCCUUAUGA